AUGAGUGCAAUUUCAGAUGCUAUUGGUGGUGCCGGUUCUUUAGCUGGUGAUAUUACAAGUGGUGCUGGUUCAUUAAUGGGAGGUGCUAGUUCAGCUGCCGAUUCUUUAACUGGUGGUGCCAGUUCAAUGAUGGAUGAAUCAAUGAUGGAUAUGAGUUCUGCUAUGAGUGAAGCUACCGGUUCUGCUGGUUCAAUGGCCGACGCUAGUGAAAGUGACAUGAGUGAUAUGAUUGAAAGUAUGACUGGUGGUUCAUCAGAAUCUGAUUCUUCUGAAAGUUCAUCUUCUGGUUCUUCAGGUUCUUCUGAAUCCGAUUCAGCAGGUGGUGAUGCCGGUUCUUUAUCUGCUCCAAUCUUAUGUGCUUUUGGUGCUGUUAUUCUCGGUUUAUUAUAG